UAACUCUAACCAUGAGAAAUCGGUUGUUUUGGAAGAAUUCUGUUUGUUUUGUUUUCUGAAAUCUUAUCGUGAAUACCGGAUUGUGCUGUUAGUUUCACUUAGUUUUAUUUUAAUAUAAAUUCAAGAUCAUUUUCAUUCAGUUUGGAAUAUAUUUUUAAAAAUCUUUAAUUGACGUUGAUUAUUUUAAAAAAAAAAAAGCAGUCUCUUAUUUCUUUUUAUAGAACAAAUAUGCUAAGUAUAUUUUGAGAUGAAAUGUGAAGGCUUUCUUUGAAUGUUAUUAAUGAAGAUAAGUUUACUCAAGCAGAUCCUUCAUAUAAGGCAGUUCUUAUCUGUCAGUAUUAGAUACACAGCUAUUAACCUGAAACUAUCUACAGCAGUGAAAAGACCAGAUUCAAAACUGAAUACCAUGAAGCUUGACUCUCCUCAGUUCCAUGCAAUAUUCACCCCCGAAGUGAAUGGCUUAUCAGAAUUGUUUCAAAAAUAUGGUUAUGGACUUCGAAUGGCAGGAGGAGCUGUUAGAGACCUCUUGAUGCACAAACAUCCUGAAGAUCUUGAUUUUGCUACUACUGCAACACCCGAGGAAAUGAAAAAAAUGUUUGGAGCAGAAGGUAUUCGAAUGCUUCAUCGCAAAGGGGAAGCUCAUGGUACAGUUACUAUACGCUUGAAUGAUAAACAAAAUUUUGAAAUAACUACUCUCCGAAUCGACACCAGUACUGAUGGCAGGCAUGCUGAAGUAAAAUUCACCACUGAUUGGGAAUUAGAUGCAGGACGAAGAGACCUUACUAUAAAUGCUAUGUUUUUAGGCUUAGACGGUACCAUAUACGAUUAUUUUAAUGGUAAAAAGGAUUUAGAAGAUAAAUGUAUUCGUUUUGUCGGGGAUCCAAAUGGAAGAAUUCAGGAAGAUUAUUUGAGAAUUCUUAGAUACUUUAGAUUUUAUGGAAGAAUUGCUAGUCAACCAGAUUGCCAUGAUAUUCAAAUAUUAGAAGCAAUUAGAAGUAAUGCUGAAGGCCUAGGAAAAAUAUCGGGUGAAAGAAUAUGGAUGGAGUUAAAGAAAAUUCUAAGUGGAAAUUAUGCCAAAGAAAUUAUGCUUCGAAUGAUUGAUCUUGGAAUCGCUCCUUUUAUUGGUUUGCCUGAGAAUCCAAACAUAAAUGAAUAUAAAGAAGUGUGUGAGAGGAGUUACUCAAUGAAGCCACAUCCAGUUACUAGACUGACAGCUCUCUUAACUACGGAAGAUGAGGUGCAAUCCUUACACUCUCGUAUAAAAUUUUCGAAAUACGACAGGGAUUUAUCUCUCUUCAUCAUUAAUAACAAAACCCUGGUAGGAAAACCACCCUUAAGGCCCUUUAUAUACUUAUUAUUUCAGUCAAAAAGCAAAGUAUCUGAUACUCACGAAUGGUGCUGUGAAAUUCUGAAGUAUCGUGGUGAAUUGUGCCUAUGGAAAGAACUGAGUGAGCUGAAAAUUCCCAAGUUCCCUGUCAGUGGCCACAUUUUAGUGGAAAAGGGAUUGAAACCAGGACCAGAGAUGACAAAUAUUAUGACUAACUUGAAAAAUAUUUGGAUUGACAGUAAUUUUAAAAUGACAAAAGAAGAACUUUUAGAUUAUUUAGAUAAAAAUACUCAUGGAGAUUGUUAGUUAUAUACAAAUUAAUAAAUUAUAUAUAUUUUUA